UCCGCGGGAAUCUAUGAAAAUAGCAACUACCGGCAUUUAAACUACAACCCUUGGACGUAAUUACGUCCCCUCGUGGUCACGGCAGUACCCCGAAGACCAUGCCCGGUGUGCCCAAGAGCAAAGGCUGCAACACCUGCCGGAAGCAGAAGAAGUUGUGCGACGAAGCACAGCCAAAAUGCGGCAGAUGCGUGCGCCUAAAGACAGAAUGCGUCGGAAUCGGCGUCAGGCGCUUUCUCUUCAAACAAGACGCGCUAACCCGCUACGCCGCCCCCGCCCGCAGCACCACCUCCCCGCGACCAGCCCCGAGCAGCGAGACAACGCGGAUCGCGGGCGCCCUGGUGCACAUCCUCGAGAUCCGCGACAUCCGGCACGACAUCCGCUCGAUCGGCGGGAAGUACUUCCUGGACCUGCCGCGGCGGGUCGGCCACCUGGCAGCGGCGUACGACGCGUCGGUGGCGGCGCUGGUGGCCUCGUACAGCGCGCUGUACGGCCGCGGGGGCGGCAGGACGGCCUCUCUGAUGAGGUACGGGGACGCGCUGGCCGCUACGCGGGUAGCGCUUCCGGAGGGGGGGAUACCGACGGUCGUCAAGAUGUACAUGGUGUUUAACAUCUACGUUUGCCAGGAAUGGACGUGCGACACCGACCCUGUCAGGUCAUCCAAGCAUAGGGAAAUGCUCGCCUUCCUUCUGCGCGAGGUUGUGGCCAGGGGGGAGUUACCGCAGAUCGACACUAAUUAUAUCUACGCCCUUUGCCAGAUGGUAGUCUACGAAAGCUUCGUCAACGAGAAGGUCGAGCUGGGCCCGUGGUUCUGGGAAGCCUACGGCGUGGUGAGGCACACUGGGCCGUACCCCUACCACUACGGAAAGACCUUCCUGAGCAUCCGGCUAGAGACCUACGCCGAGGCCUCCCUCUACUUCCGCUCCCCGCGCCGGAACCUGCCCCAGCUUACGCAGAUCCACAACCUCAUCCAGGCCGAGAGGCCCGCGCUCUGGGCCGAGGUAGAGGCGUGGACAGCCACCUGCCGGGACCCUAGCGCGCCGGACGCCGCGCACCGUGCCCUCCUCUCCUACCAGACCGCCUACGGCCUCCUCCUGUCCAUAGGCGCGCGAGUGAUACGGGCCAUCAGACGGGUGAAUCCCGACAUCGACCUCCUCCUACAAUCGUACAACUUGUGUGACGAUGCGAUCCGGCUCGCGAGGCAGUCGGAGGCGGGCCACCGGCCGUUCGGGGCGUGGUUCGUGCCUAAGUUCCUGAGGCUCGUCAGGGCGGGCGUGCCGGGGUAUCGUAGGGGGGAGGUCGACGCGCUGAUGAGGGACUUUGCGCAGGACUUUAAGGGGAUUGACUAUAUCAAGGAGUCGGAGUGGGUGGAGGGGCGGUAUAAUGCGAUGGAGGAUAUGGUGUCAGGACAGUAAUUGGCACACAGUGCAGAUACAAACAGCUAUAACUCUAAAAUAACUCUGUCUAAUAGUAGAGACAAAAUUAUAAACCUGCCCACC